AUGGAAGAAAAAUGGGGUGCUAGUUUUGGAAAGCAAUUCAAUAAGGCAAAGCCUUAUUUGUUAGCGGUGGGACUGCAGUUUGGGUUUGCAGGAGCAUACGUCUUCUCCAUGGCCAGUCUCAACCAUGGAAUGAAUCGUUAUGUGUUCGUUGUCUAUCGCAAUGUCAUUGCUGCAAUUGCCCUCGCCCCUUUUGCAUUCAUUUUUGAAAGGAAAAUUAGACCAAAGAUGACGGCCUCUGUCUUUAUACAGAUAAUGGUGCUCGGAUUUUUGGAGCCAGUGAUAGACCAAGGGUUCACUUUUUUGGGAAUGCAAUAUACCUCGGCUUCAUUUGCGUCUGCUUUGGUGAAUGCCGUGCCUUCUAUCACCUUUAUACUAGCGUUAAUUUUCAGGUUAGAGCGUGUAAAUAUUAAGGAUGUACGGAGCCUAGCGAAGGUGAUGGGGACGUUGGUAACCUUUGCAGGCGCUUCCUUGAUGACACUUUACAAAGGCCCUGAACUCAACAUAUUUAAUUAUUCUUCAAACACAACACAUCACCAAGAUGGAAGUCACUCCCCUCAGAGUCUCAAACACUUGGUCGCAGGGAUUCUCUUUCUACUCCUGGGUUGUGUGGCUUGGUCGUCUUUCUUCAUUUUACAGUCCAUGACGUUGAAAAGGUAUCCGGCAGAAUUGUCACUCUCAACUUUGAUAUGCGUAGUGGGUGCUUUGCAAGCCGGGGUAGUUGCGCUGGUGGCUAAUCAUAAUUCUGGGCUUGGGGUAUGGGUCAUCGGUUGGGACUUUAAGCUCUUUGGUCCUCUCUACACGGGAAUAGUUUCCUCGGGAAUUGCGUAUUAUGUGCAAGGGUUGGUAUUGCAAAGCAAAGGCCCAGUAUUUUUAACAGCGUUUAAUCCCCUUUGCAUGAUCAUCGUUUCUAUUUUAGGUCCCUUCCUUUUCGCAGAGCAUCUUCACUUGGGCAGUAUCGUUGGAGCCAUGAUUAUCGCAGUGGGUCUCUACUCUGUGGUGUGGGGUAAAGGCAAAGACUAUUCAGAGCCCAAGACACCAUCAGCUACAAAAGAGCAAACAGAGAUACAGCAGCUGCCAAUUACCUCAUCUGAUAUCUAAC